UAAAUACGUUGAUGGGGUUUUUCACACGGCUGUUUCCCAGAACCCCCGCUUCAAAAGUUUUUAAAAGUCAAUCCAGACCUCACACCACUUCUCUUCUAACCACUCAGGACGCAUUUUUAACUGACAUCCAUAAUAUCAACAACCACACUAAAGCCUGUGACAUGAACACUUUAAUACCCAAAUACCCAGCCUGUGCUCACUUUUCCCAGCUGUCCCUCCAAAAGCCUUUCAUGGCCAGUUUAGGUGAAUCGGGAUCCAAAGUGGGGCGCUGUCCUCGGCUUGUCCCUCCUCUUCCUGGAGAGGCGUCUGCUGUCUGCCAGGCUGUCCGCCUUGCCUUUGCCAGUUCAAGCCCCUUGGCCGCCUCCCUUCUGUGCACGAAAACCUUCCGUGCUUCCCAGUCCCUGGGAAGGUCCAGAUUCCCAAGCCAAGAACUGAAGACUCUGACCUCUCCUCCUUCACCUACCUGCUUUGCUGGGCUACACGUGGGUCCCUCGAAGAGCCUCCAGGCCUUUGCCCACGCAGGGCCCGCUCCCUGGAAUGCCUCUCCCCGCUCCGUCCAGCCCCCCUGCACUCGAGCGCCAUCCUUCCCUUGCCCGACCCUCCCACUCCCAGCCAGGCCGGUGGGGGUCCCGUCCGCAGCCUCCCAAACCCGCAUGCUCCUUUGCCCUUUCCCAGCCGCAGCACAGUUUCUGGAUGGACAGUCGAUUCUCCCCCAGACUGGGAGCAGCCCGAGGACGGGCACCGCAUCUUUCUUGCUCUGUGGCAAUAUUCUUGAGCUUGUCCUACCCGGUGCGAAGCACAGGGCGGCCGUCAGUAUUAGCCGAAAGCAUGGACAGGUGAACGCUUACCUGCCCGCCCAGCCCUUCAGGCUCACGUCCACCCCAGGGGUCGAGGCCGAGCCCGCCAGCGGCGGGGAGAGAAAGGAGGAGCGAGAAGGAAGGCGGAAGCGCGGGGCUGCGCGGCGCGCGACAUUAUAAAC